AUGUCCACUGAAGGUAUUACUGAAAUUGAAGAAUCCCAAAUUCAAACCAACUAUGACAAAGUUGUCUACAAGUUCGAUGACAUGAACUUGGACGAAAACUUGUUGAGAGGUGUUUUUGGUUACGGUUUUGAAGACCCAUCUGCUAUUCAACAACGUGCCAUUAUGCCAAUCAUCGAAGGUCACGAUGUCUUAGCUCAAGCUCAAUCCGGUACUGGUAAGACUGGUACUUUCUCUAUUGCUGCUUUGCAAAGAAUCGACACCUCCAUUAAAGCUCCACAAGCUUUGAUGUUGGCCCCAACCAGAGAAUUAGCUCUACAAAUUCAAAAGGUCGUCAUGGCUUUAGCUUUCCACAUGGACGUUAAAGUUCACGCCUGUAUUGGUGGUACUUCCUUCGUUGAAGAUGCUGAAGGUUUAAGAGAUGCUCAAAUUGUUGUUGGUACUCCAGGUCGUGUUUUCGACAACAUCCAAAGAGGUAGAUUCAGAACUGAUGCCAUCAAGAUGUUCAUUUUAGAUGAAGCUGAUGAAAUGUUAUCAUCCGGUUUCAAGGAACAAAUCUAUCAAAUUUUCACUAUGUUGCCACCAACUACUCAAGUCGUUCUUUUGUCUGCUACUAUGCCAAGAGAUGUCUUGGAAGUUACUACCAAGUUCAUGAGAAACCCAAUCAGAAUUUUGGUUAAGAAGGAUGAAUUAACUUUAGAAGGUAUUAAACAAUUCUACGUUAACGUCGAAGAAGAAGAAUUUAAAUAUGAAUGUUUGACUGAUUUGUACGAUUCCAUUUCUGUCACACAAGCUGUUAUCUUCUGUAACACCAGAAGAAAGGUCGAAGAAUUGACUCAAAAGUUGACUGCUGAUAAUUUCACUGUUUCUGCUAUCUACUCUGAUUUACCACAACAAGAAAGAGAUACCAUUAUGAAGGAAUUCAGAAGUGGUUCUUCCAGAAUUUUGAUCUCUACCGAUUUAUUGGCUAGAGGUAUUGAUGUCCAACAAGUUUCUUUGGUUAUCAACUACGAUUUACCAACUAACAAGGAAAACUAUAUUCAUAGAAUUGGUAGAGGUGGUCGUUUCGGUAGAAAGGGUGUUGCUAUCAACUUUGUUGUCAACGAUGAUGUUGGAGCUAUGAGAGAAUUAGAAAAGUUCUACUCUACUCAAAUUGAAGAAUUGCCAUCUGAUAUUGCUACUUUGUUCACUUAA